AUGGAUGGUGAUGGGCAUGGAAGUCACACAGCAGCUAUUGCAGCCGGGAAUAAUGGUAUUCCAUUGAGAAUGCACGGUUAUGAAUUCGGAAGAGCAAGUGGGAUGGCUCCACGUGCAAGGAUUGCUGUUUACAAGGCUCUUUACCGGCUUUUUGGAGGCUUUGUGGCUGAUGUUGUUGCUGCAAUUGAUCAGGCUGUUCAUGAUGGAGUUGAUAUCCUGAGUCAGGUUUAUUGGCGGAUGUGUUUGACGUUUCUCGGUUUUGGAAACUGA